UUCAGCGCGUCAUUCGCGAAACGUGAGACAACCGAAUAAAUAUAAACAACUUCUGUACCAGCAGCAAACCAUUUUUUAAAUCUAAAUAAUCCAAAAGUGGUUGUUUUUUUAUUAAUAUAAAAAGCGGUCGAUAAUGGUGUUGUGUUCUAGGGCGUUACUUCCUUAUACAUAUGUAGCUUCGCUGACGCCUAAAAAUCUCUCGACUAACCGAAGGCAAUGAAAACCAAAAUACAUUUUAGUGCCCAAGUUCAUACGGCAUACAUACAAAUGUAGAAUAUAUAAUUAUAUGUACUGCACUGUUAAUACAAGGACAGCUUUUGAAUCAUCAUUCAGCUACGUGAAAGCGGAUUUUAGUCGAAUUAAAGAUUAUUGAUUGCAUGAGAAACUCAUACACACUUAGGAGCCUUCAGUAAAUAUAUAGUUGUACAUAUCUUGUACCUAUUGACACUAUUUUUUCGUACCGAAUGUACCAAGGAAUGCAUAUGUUGAAGCAUAAAACUUUAUAGUUGUUACAGUUUUAGUCUAGCCUCCGCUUUAACAAUGUGUCUUAGGGUUUUAUGUAGAAAACUUCUCUGCUGUUUUGACCAGACCAAACAGGGCGGUUUGAAUGAGGCCUCAUUUUACGAAUAUUCAGAUUCACUGCCAAAGUACAGCAACGAUCAAAUUGGAAAACUAAGUGAAGGAGUUAGUUUCACCAUUGCUGGCAAAAUAGCAAUUAACUGUGAGAGAUUCUCCAUCAAUUUUGUGCACAACAAUGAGACACGGGAUGUGGCACUUCACAUUAAUCCACGAUUGCCCCAAAAUUAUAUCGUUCGAAACAGCAAAGUGGCCGAUAUAUGGGGCAGCGAGGAAGUUUCUUCAGCACUGCCCUUUUUACUGCGCAGAGGCGAUAAAUUCGCUAUUCAAGUGCUCAUUACAGACGCUUGCUAUAUGAUAUCGGUGAACGGUAACCACUUUGCUGAGUAUGCUCAUCGGAUUCCCUAUAACGCGAUUCAACUUCUGGAGGUUAAAGGCGAUGUUGAAGAUGUGGAAAUGGAGCGAAUAGUAGUGGAAAACUAUCCUCAACGGUUGCCCGAGUCACAGGCUAAGAACAUUGCGAUCCACAUUGAGGACGGACUUGAUGAAAUUGAUGCCAACGAUGAGGAGGCUAUCAAUAUACCUCAUGAGUGGUGCCUUAUUAGUGCGCCAGUUACAAAUUCAGACAGUUCACCAAAGAGUACUUACAGCAAAAACGAUCCAGGACUCACAUUGCCAUAUUAUGGCGCCCUGCCUGCGAAUUCAUUAGUCGAGGGUCGAUGCUUGAAGAUUGAAGGACGCGUGCGUCUGCUUCCGCAUUCAUUCUACAUAAACUUGCAGCAGGGCCGGGAUAUAUGGCCACAUCCUGUAAUCGCAUUCCAUUUAAACCCACGAUUUUCGAAGGCAAGCAGCGGAGCAAUCGGGAAAGCUGUGGUGUGCCGCAAUGCCUGGUACAAUGGUAGCUGGGCGGAAGAGGAACGCUCAGAGUUGGAUACAAAUUUCCGUCCCGGUCGAACUUUCAGUCUGGCUAUUGUAUGUGCUAAGGAAUCAUUUGAAGUCUAUGUCAACAAGCAGUUUAUUACGGAAUUUAAAUACAAAGUUAGCCCCAAGAUUGUCGACACAGUGUACAUACAAGGAGAUGUUAAGUUAUGGAACAUCACUUUGGAGCACAAUCCGAUGGUAAAAGGGAAGAAUUUGCGAAUCUAUCACAAUCCCAUGUACGAUGACAAAUACUAGCGGUGAACCUUGAAUCUGUAUCUUGAACCACUACCAGCGUAAAUUUUGUUUAUUCAUUUCUUUUGUCCAAGUUGUUGAGCGACAAUAAUUUAAUAAAUUACUAAGCUUGUUUUCUAUGAGUAAAAAACGGUUAAUUAAAUAAAUAAAUAUAUUCCAGCA